AUGCUUCAAGGCUGUUCAAGGCGCAGGAGAGGUACGCUGUCUUACGACAGGAGUCAGGCUAAGGCCGUUGCCGAAGCCUUCUUCGAAUUUCAGACCGGCCCGCUCCUCGAGGAACCUCACAUUGAUGUUCCAUACAUGGAGAUGAUCAUUCCAGGUAUCGGCCUCGCCACGGUCGAUGCCACGCCGUUUACCGACAUUGUCAAUUUCACUGGAUGCUAUCCCAGUACCAUAAAGCCCCUAUACAAUGUUGGGCCACAGUCGGUGGCGGCUUCGCGGAAGACUCUCACACAAAACACAGCCCAAGACGUUACCCCUGUCAUGGAGCUCUAUGAUAAACGCCUUAACCGGGCGAACCUCAACGUGAAGGCUAGCAGGGAGUUGUACAGCGAGAUGGCCGGCAUGCUCUUCGAACACUACAACUCCAGCACCAUCGCGGGACACACCAUUGGCGUGUCAUGGAACCCGAUAACGCCGCAUGUCGUGCGUGAAACCAACAGGAAGGGAGGCGUCGCCGGCGGCUGGCAAGAAGUCAACCAAAACUGUGAGUCCACGCUCUUAAUACAGGCAGCAGCUCGUCCAAGCGUUGCAACGCCUGCUAACCAUGAAGCAGCCAUCAAUCUGAGGGUAAACUGGGACAAUGCCGCGGACGAUGCUGCAGCCACCCAGAUGGACGACGCCUCCAUGAAGAAGCUUACCGAGACGGCACGUAAAUGGGAUGCCCUGUUGCCGAACCAGUGGGCGAACAACGCGGCGGAUCAUGUGGACGUGAUGAGGAGCUACGGGGACGCCAAUUUCGAAAAGCUCAGGCAGGUUUCGCGCAAGUACGACGGGAACCAGACCUUCCAGAGGCUCUGCUCAGGCGGGUACAAGCUGUGGUCAUAG